GGCCGGGGCUGGGACCUCUGGCUCCAGACGCUGGCCGAGAGGUGGGUCCCGGGGCGGGUCACUGCUCCGGAGGCCGGGCGGGGACGCGCUGCCCCCGCCCUGCCUCCCUGUGGUCCACACCCCCUUCGGGCUCCGCAGCCAGCGGAAUGGGAUAGUGCGGCGUGCGCGCGAGCCGGCGCUGCCAGUCCCGCUGCCGCCCGGGGUUCGGGUCCCAGGAGCCGGGCACCGGGCACCCGAGUCCUCCUCGCCUCCCCCGCCCCCCUGCUUCACCUGCGCUGCCCGUCCACUCGCCUUCAAGGCCAGCAGCCCCAGCCCAGACGGAGAGGGGCCAGCAGGGGGAGAGCGCACCUGAGGAUACACAGCUGGCCCUGCCCUGCCUUUUCACCCCCAGGUGAUGAGGCCGGGAGAACGGAAGAUUUAAAGAGCUACCGGGGCCUCCGUAUUGAAUGAAAAACCCAGAGCGGAGACAUCACCAUGAACACGAGCAUUCCUUAUCAGCAGAAUCCUUACAGUCCCCGGGGCAGCUCCAAUGUCAUCCAGUGCUAUCGAUGUGGAGACACCUGCAAAGGGGAAGUGGUUCGUGUCCACAACAACCACUUCCACAUCAGAUGCUUCACCUGUCAAGUGUGUGGCUGUGGCCUGGCCCAGUCAGGCUUCUUCUUCAAGAACCAGGAGUAUAUCUGCACCCAGGACUACCAGCAGCUCUAUGGCACCCGCUGCGACAGCUGUAGGGACUUCAUCACCGGCGAGGUCAUCUCAGCCCUGGGCCGCACCUACCACCCUAAAUGCUUCGUGUGCAGCUUGUGCAGGAAGCCUUUCCCCAUUGGAGAUAAGGUGACCUUCAGUGGUAAAGAAUGUGUAUGCCAGACAUGCUCCCAGUCCAUGACCAGCAGUAAGCCCAUCAAGAUCCGUGGACCAAGCCACUGUGCUGGAUGCAAGGAGGAGAUUAAGCAUGGCCAGUCACUCCUGGCACUGGACAAGCAGUGGCACGUCAGCUGUUUCAAAUGCCAGACCUGUAGUGUCAUCCUUACCGGGGAGUACAUUAGCAAGGAUGGUGUUCCGUACUGCGAGUCUGACUACCACUCCCAGUUUGGCAUUAAAUGUGAAACUUGUGACCGGUACAUCAGUGGCAGGGUGUUGGAGGCAGGAGGGAAACAUUACCACCCCACUUGUGCCAGAUGUGUACGCUGCCACCAAAUGUUCACCGAAGGAGAGGAGAUGUACCUCACAGGUUCUGAGGUUUGGCACCCAAUCUGUAAGCAGGCAGCCCGGGCAGAGAAGAAGCUCAAGCAUAGACGGACAUCUGAAACAUCCAUCUCACCCCCUGGAUCCAGCGUUGGGUCACCCAACCGAGUCAUCUGCGCUAAAGUGGAUAAUGAGAUCCUUAAUUACAAAGACCUGGCAGCUCUCCCCAAGGUUAAAUCCAUCUACGAGGUGCAACGCCCUGACCUCAUUUCCUACGAGCCUCAUUCCAGAUACACGUCCGACGAGAUGCUGGAGAGAUGUGGCUAUGGAGAGUCACUGGGAACAUUGUCUCCUUACUCCCAGGACAUCUAUGAGAACCUGGAUCUCCGACAGAGACGGGCCUCCAGCCCAGGAUACAUUGACUCCCCCACCUACAGUCGGCAGGGCAUGUCUCCCACCCUCUCCCGCUCGCCUCACUACUACCGCUCAGGGCCUGAGAGUGGCCGGAGCUCUCCAUACCAUAGCCAGUUAGAUGUGAGGUCCUCCACUCCAACCUCUUACCAGGCUCCCAAGCACUUUCACAUCCCAGCUGGAGAGAGUAACAUCUACCGGAAACCCCCGAUCUACAAACGGCAUGGUGAUUUGUCUACAGCAACCAAGAGCAAAACAAGUGAAGACAUCAGCCAGGCCUCCAAGUACAGUCCAGCCUACUCGCCAGACCCUUACUAUGCUGCAGAGUCUGAGUACUGGACUUACCAUGGGUCCCCAAAAGUGCCCCGAGCCAGAAGGUUCUCAUCUGGAGGAGAGGAAGAUGAUUUUGACCGCAGCAUGCACAAACUCCAGAGUGGGAUUGGCCGGUUGAUUCUGAAGGAGGAGAUGAAGGCAAGGUCGAGCUCCUAUGCCGAUCCCUGGACCCCUCCUCGGAGCUCCACCAGCAGCCGGGAGGCCCUGCACACCGCUGGCUAUGAGAUGUCUCUCAACGGCUCCCCUCGUUCCCACUACCUGGCUGACAGCGAUCCCCUCAUCUCCAAAUCUGCCUCACUGCCUGCUUACAGGAGAAAUGGGCUGCACAGGACACCAAGCGCAGACCUCUUCCACUAUGACAGCAUGAAUGCAGUCAACUGGGGCAUGCGAGAGUACAAGAUCUACCCAUAUGAACUGCUGCUGGUGACCACAAGAGGAAGAAAUCGACUACCAAAGGAUGUGGAUCGGACCCGCUUAGAGCGCCACCUGUCCCAGGAGGAGUUCUACCAAGUCUUUGGCAUGACCAUCUCAGAGUUCGAGAGGCUCGCCCUCUGGAAGAGGAAUGAACUGAAGAAGCAAGCCCGGCUAUUCUAGGCAGAGGCUCUAUACACAUAGAUGCAUUUAUAUAAAGAUGUAUGUAAAUCUCUAUCCCGAUGCGCGAUUUAAUCCUCUUGUGUAACAAGACAUGCUGCCUGCCAUGGGACUUGCUUUUCUGUACUGUCAGGCGAGCCCACAUCAUCAAGGUAUUUUUAAUGCUCCUUCUCUUUUUUAAGUGCUGUGGGAUCUGAAGGGAUUUGAAGGGACUCUAUCCUUUUACUUGGGGAUCUUUUUUAUACUGAAACAUCUUUCCCACCUUAAGUCCCCCAAAUCUAGCUCUCUCCCUUAGAAAGUUGCCUGGAGGAGUCUCUACUCCAUGCCUCUGGCCCUUCCCCCAGUUUCCAGGGCUGAUACUGGCCAUGCAGUUUUCACACAAUAUGGCCUCAGAAAGGGCCCUCUCGUGAAGGUCCACAGUGAUCCACCCAAAUCAGUGAGCGCCUUUGAGGACUCAUGAAGAAUUUUCUUGACACCUCCAAUUAGGAGCUCAGUGCUCUGUGGGGUGAAGCAGUUAGAUGUAUGGGCCUCAGAUUCAGUCCUUAUGCCAGUACAGAGUGGAUGGACCUUGGCCUCUCCUCAGCACAGCAACCCUCCUCCUCCUGCCCCUGGUCCUGACCACUCCCUUGUACAAAAGUAGGAUUCAUGGUACAAAAAGGAAAAAGACACUUCCCUUCCUUCCACCAUCCCCAGCUGACCCCUCUGCAUGGCCUGGAGUUGGAUAAGUAGAGAAAAGGAGAGAGUAGGGACGGGACCUUUUGGACCACCCACUCUCUCAGCACUUCCAGCACCUCCCCACCCUUCCCCCUUUCUAGGAGAGGCCAUUGUUGCAGCCUGUACUCUUCAGCCUUAUAACAAUCUAUGUGCCUGAUGAUCUAUACACCACAGGGCUAAUGUUCCCACCAUAACUCCUGUGAGCAUCCAGACAAACAUGCUCACCACCCUGUGCAGGGAGAAUAGGCCACACCCCCAAAGAAAAGCUCUUCGUCUAUGCUACUGGUCCCUAGGUGGCAAUCCAUCCAUUUUGGGCCCCUACCCAUCCCCAGGUCCUGAGGCAACAUUUGCUAAGCCUCACAGGGAAGCUUUCAGAGGAGUGGCUGCUCAGGGGAUUCCAGAAUAAGGCACUGUUCAUGUUCUUCCCGAUGGCCCCAGGGACUGCCUCUCCUGUUUUCUGAAACAGGGGUGGAAGCUAAACCUCUCAUCCUUCAACUCUCAAACCUUCAACUUUGAGUUGUCGAUGGGUGGCAACUUUCCUUCUCGGAGAUGCCUUGUAUCACAACGUUUUGGGAUCAGAGAGGAAGGAUGAAGAAGUACAAAGGAUAGCUCAAGAGGCUGGUGACGUGACACGGGCAACUGGAGAACUGACUUCAGCAAACCCUCCCUGUGCACCUGCUGAUGCAGAGCACCUGCUGCAUGCUGAGCACUGAGUGGGGGAGGAGGCAGCUGAGCACUGAGUGGGGGAGGAGGCAGCUGAGCACUGAGUGGGGGAGGAGGCAGCUGAGCACUGAGUGGGGGAGGAGGAGGGACACUGGGAUCCAAGCAAAAUGGGCCCUAGUCUCUGGGGCCUGUCUAGUAAGGACACCUGGUAAAGCGUAUACCUAGACAUAAUGGAUGCAAGACAGAAAGUGAAAGAAGGCCUGAGAAUGGAUACGCAAUGUUACUGAAGGUAUAUGCAGCUGGUGCAGACCAAGGAAGGCUUGGUGGAAGAGGUCACAUGUGAGCAGAAUCAGGAAGGAUCUGAGGAAUCUCAAGUUGGAUGGAUGACAGGAUGGAGGCAUGGGAAGGGAAGUCUAAUGUACCCUCAUUUAAAAUGUCACACCUCCCUGCAACUUCUCUUUUUGGCCAAUGUCUUUCAACUUUCCUGAUGCGUUAGGGAUGUCCCCAGGCAGACACAAUCAUUGAAACUGCCUCAUUAUCAGUGGUUAACAACUUGUGAGACUGAAGGGCUUUUGUUAUUGUUGUUGGAUAUUUUUGUUUCCCAUAAAAGCACAUCAUUUCAACCCAA